CUUACGAAAUUGAUUGCAAGAAAUAAGUAAAGGCAACUACACACGGUAGAAGUAACUAUACAAUGGCGCUUUUGCGCGUUCUGGUAACUAUUCUAACGGUACAUUCUUCUACGAAAAUGGCAUCUGGAGACAUUAGAGUACGAAGUACCGAAGACCUCAGUGUUGAUGCGGUGUAUAAACGAUCAGAGCUGUGUGCGAGCCUUCGCCAACCUUUGAACGGAGGGUUAAGCUGUAAAGAAAGCUCAGACAUCAGAAUUUGCAACCUUAUCUGUGAUUCCGGAUAUAACCUACCAGAUAACACACAUGAUACAUUCUACUGCGAUAAUUCAGAUGGAAUUUGGUUGCCAUCUUCAGAAAUCUCUGACUGCAUGGCACCAAAUGAAAAUCUGUGCAUAGGAUUAAAUCAGCCAAUAAAUGGUUUGUUCUCAUGCUUGUUUCUGACGGAGGAAAGGUAA